AGAUUUGAAACAGCUCGGAGAGAAGCUCAAAGCAGGUCUUUCAUAGUUUCACUCCAGAUAAAAUGGUCUCAAUCGUGAAUAAUCAACUAGCAAAACUCCUGCUGGCAGCCAAACUUUGGCUGUAAUCCAAUUUUCAUACGAUGAUGAGAUCACAAGGCAGUGUAACUUCCGGGUUCGGGCUCGAGUGGGCGUGUCCUGGUGCCGGAGAACGCUGGCUGGCAGUGUAGCGGUGUCACACACUGCAGACUAGAGACGACCGAGGGGUUUUCGACAUCGCCGAGGAAGAUGUCGCUUCUCACACGCGGCGGGGGUCGCUCGCAUCCACGUCACGACGCGCUCACGACACGUCCACAGCCUUCGCUUCCAGUUCGUGCCGUCUUUUGCUUUAUUUCGAUGUGGUGGUGAAAUUCGGCUGCUCGGGCUCCAUCCCCUUCCCCUCCUCCGCUUCUUCUUCUUGGCCGUCCCGUUAGCAGCAUGGACAAGACGCCGAGCAGUCCACACCACGGAAGCAACUCUUCGUCUUGCGAGCGAAGCACGUCGAGAAAGCCCGGCGGUUGGACGGGCUCGCCGAGCCCCGGUUCCGGCUCCCAGUGCGUCCCCGCGGGGGUAGGAGGCAGCCGGGGGGCUUUCUUGGGGAACAGUACCAGUUCGCCGCAACAGCUCGGUCGCAGGCGACAGUUGGAAGGAGUUCUUAGCAAAUAUACCAACCUCAUUCAAGGCUGGCAAAACAGGUACUUUGUAUUGGAUCCAGAUUCAGGACUACUCUUGUACUAUGUCAACGAGCAGGGAAGGAGCCAGAAGCCGCGAGGGUCCCUCCCCUUGAUCGGUGCCACGGUGAAUCCUAGUGAUGAGGCUCCGCACAUGUUCAUUGUCAGCUCUGUAAAUGGAGAGUUGUACAAACUCAGAGCCUCUGAUCCCAAAGAGCAGCAGUAUUGGGUUAGCCAGCUCCAAGCAUGUGCCAGGCGACAUUCAGACUGCAGUGCCAAGGUCAGAAAGUUGAAGGGCUCUGAUGAACACCUGAGCGCCGAAGAAGGAGGGGGAGGACAAGAUGUGCUGGGCUCCUCAUCCUCUGGUCGCACCCGUAGCUUCUCUCUCCUGCCACACCUCACGCCAUCUUCAUCACCGGCUUCUCAGCGGCAACUCGCCCACACGUCUUCGCCAAGUAACAUCGUCAAAAUAACCCACCACAAGUCGCCGGCUGCAGCGCGGCGGGCCAAGAGUCAGUACCCGGGACGGCUGCUGGAGGUCAAGGAGAUGAUGUCCCAAGCUGAGGGCCAACAAAAGAACCUGGUCCAGUCCAUUGACUCGUUACCCACAAAAGGCCCCCUCUCGUGUCUGGAUCAGGACUUGCUGCUGCUCAAAGCCACAUCGGCCGCGACGCUCAGCUGCCUGGGAGAGUGCCUGAACAUUCUCCAACAGAGCCAUAGCCAGGUGCCGCCUCUGUCUCAGGCUACUCAGCGCAACCACACCGUCCACGGAUCCGCCACGGAUGGCGCUCCUGUGUGGACGGUACCAAAGUCACCCUCAGGGCAGCAUCUGAAAAACGGCGGCCUGACUCCUCUGCGCUCGGCCGAGCCGUCGCCGGCCCUCAGGGAACGGAGCCUGUCACACGGUGUCGAGCAUCAGGCAGGGCUGGCAGACAUCAGCCAAAGCGAAGAAGUGACGGACACAGAAGACAAUGAGGAGGAGGACCUGGGUGUCCUGGAUGACCAGAGGAGCGUCAUUCUCCACUUGCUGUCCCAGCUUAAACUGGGAAUGGACCUGACAAGGGUGGUGCUGCCUACUUUUAUUCUGGAAAAGCGCUCAUUGCUGGAGAUGUACGCCAACUUCAUGGCCCACCCAGACUUGUUCCUGUCCGUCACAGCCGGCGUUACGGCCGAGGACCGCAUCGUCCGCUUUGUGGAGUACUACCUGACAUCCUUCCACGAGGGUCGAAGGGGCGCCGUCGCUAAGAAGCCCUACAAUCCCGUGCUAGGGGAGACCUUCCACUGCUCCUGGGAAGUGCCUCGGGACAAAAUCAAGCCUUCGGGCAGAGCGAAUCAGGGGUCGAACAAGCAAGCGGAGGACGCGCCGGGAGGCUGCUACAGAGUUCGUUUCGUGGCCGAACAGGUUUCCCACCACCCGCCCGUUUCGGCUUUUUACUGCGAGUGCAGGGAGAGGCGGGUGUGUGUCAACGCGCAUGUGUGGACCAAGAGCAAAUUCAUGGGCAUGUCAAUCGGAGUGUCCAUGGUUGGAGAAGGCGUGCUGUGUCUAGUGGAGCACGAGGAAGAGUACGUCUUCUCGCUGCCGUCGGCCUACGCCCGCUCUAUACUUACCGUGCCAUGGGUGGAACUGGGAGGAAAAGUCUCCAUCAACUGUGCCAAGAGCGGCUACUCGGCCACCGUCACCUUCCACACUAAGCCGUUCUAUGGCGGCAAAGUACACAGAGUGACUGCAGAGGUGAAACACAACCCGACCAACACCAUCGUAUGUAAAGCGCAGGGCGAGUGGAACGGAACCCUGGAGUUCACCUACAGCAGCGGAGAGACCAAAGUGAUCGACACGGCCAAGCUCGCCGUCACCAAGAAGAAGCUGCGACCGCUAGACAAACAAGGACGCGCCGAGUCCAGGCGGUUAUGGCAACACGUGACCAAGUCGCUGAAAGAGGGCAAUAUGGACGAGGCGACGGAGCAUAAACACGGAUUGGAGGAGCGUCAGAGGGCGGACGAGAGACGAAGAGCGGCGGAUAACAAAGCCUGGACACCUAAAUAUUUCACUAAGGAGGGAGAUGGUUGGAUGUACAGCAACCCUCUGUGGAAGUCCACUUGACAACACGUCAGUAGGCGAGAAGUGAAACGCAGGUAGCAGCAGCUUGUCAAAAGUCCAACGAUGUUGUCAAGAAGACACGGGACAGGAAACAGUGCCAAAGGGAAUCUCCACUGUAAAUAAAGGACAACAGCAUUUUGUAUACAGUUGAUAUAGGAUUAUAGUUGUAUUCUAUUUUUCACCUGCGCCAAGGCCUUUUUGCAUUCGCACUAACAAAGUCCGUCAGUGGUGUUUUUACAUCCAAUACAAUGUUUUCACACUUGUAUUCUACUUCACUGGUGUAACACUAAAGUUGUUUGUAAAGCACUUUUACCAUUUUAUAUGGGUGUAGUCAUCUAGCAGGAUAUAUCAAUUUGAAAUAUUGCCCAUACAAAAUGUACCUUAAAUGACUAUAUUAGAUUUUAGACCGAAGAAUAGCCUUGUUUGAUCUGCACUUUGAAUGUCAACGGACUUUUUAAAUGAUUUAUUCCACCCAUCAUGUCCGUGUUUCUUUCCUGUGUUGUAUUAUUUAGUUGAUAUAAAGGCUUUCCUCUCCGCUUGGGCGACUUUCUUGUGAAUUACGAGUCACAAUUAACAUGGUUGACCCUUAAAAAAAAAAAGAAAAAGGAGAACUCGAUUGUUGACUCACAAAGAUUUUCACGAAAAAGAAUGAGGACAAAGCUACAUUUUAAAUUGACAUUUUCUAGCUAGCCAGUUGCCUUUUUAACAUUUAGCCUAAACCCCAAGUUGGUCACAUUUUUAAAGUAACAAAAAUUCUUUAAAGCUGCCGGUGGACAAAAGCGGUAGUGUUUUGCCUUAAAGUGCCUGUGACAGCUUAAAAAAGAUGACGAGAAUAAAAUGUUAUUUACUCUGCCGUUUAGCCACGCCUUUCGCGAUAGCGCUCUAGCGUCCCCAGCUGGGGGAUGACGUCGGCAGGGACAAAAUUUCAGCUGAUUUAGAAUUCAGCCCAUUGAGAAGGUUUAGAACGAGGAAAAUGACACAGAGCAGCAAAAUGUGAAUAUUGUUUCUAUCCUUCUAAGCCAAUAUUUUUACAGGAUAUUUUUUUCAUCCAAGUAUUCUGCCCCAAUUGCUGAAUAAAUGGUAUGGUCAUGACAACUUUGUCUUGUGCUAAAUGGAAUAUGAAAUAAUAAAAAUGCAUUUAUUCAGUACGACAUGGCAAAAUUACUCCAUAAGUCAAAACUGUCUAUUUCACCUUUACUGUCGCACCUCCCAAAUGAAAUUUUAUGCCACCGUAGUCCGAGGAGAACUUUUCUUGUCCAUGAUCAAACGUCAGUAAAUAGUCCUUUAUUUAAAGAAAGUUUGUAGCGUUUACUUUGUAAUCGCUGUAUUCGCGGCCAUUUUUCACACAAAGUUGCAAUUUCUGAUGGGGUGGAAAAUUUGACAACGCCGGGCACACGAAGAGUGCAAUAAGCCAAUUAUAGCGGUCUCCCAGAGUGCACGCGACGAGACAAGGAGCAUUAAAACGUGUGCCAUGAUCCCAGUAUUCGACAUAAUCCAAAACAAGAUGUUUACUCAUUUCCUCUCAAGUCCAAUUGUCCCACAGUUGUCACUUGUUUUGGCCAUUCUCCGAGGGUGAAUGGGAACUUUUUGAAACCCAAAAAGGUUCACAUGCCUCUCCCUGGUGCAGCAACAAAUCCCUGCAGCGCAUUUGGCAGGCGCAUUGCGGAAAAAUGAACAAAUUAAUCAGCUAAAUCUAAAUCCAUCAGUCCAUGGAUAGGUAUAAAGCAAUGCUGUAUUGUGAGACGCUGACCCGGGUGACGUCACAUUGGCUUUCGUCCUUAACCAGAGAGUGGAGCCGGGAUUCAGAAAUUGAAUAAAUAAAACGAUCGCAUCCACACACACAUCCAAGCGGUCCAUUUCAUUCAGGAGCAUAAAAUACCACGUGAAAUAUGAAACAAACAUUCAUUUUGGUGUCAUAGACACUUUAAACUAGUUGUCGGUCGACAUAUAACAAAUGUUAUAAAGGUUGAAAGUUACCUAGUGUUGCGUUAUAGGUUACAGCGAAAUCGUUAUCCAGUUUUUCAUAUAAUGAAUGAGUUUUAGUUUGUAAAUGAUUAAGAUUUGUUGAUGGGGAUUUAUUCAUGAACAAGUCAAAAUUGUGACAUCAAAUACUGUCCACUGCAAUAUGGAGGUAGAUUUGUGUCUUUAUUAUUCAAUCAAAAAAAAAGUUGCUUCAAUCAAAAUAUGUAUUUUCAAUCAAAGAAAAAGUCAC